AUGGAUCUACCGGAGAAUUCAUUGAACUCUCUUUCGAUUAAAAAUGAUAGUAUUGAGUCAACUGUACCUUUACCCCUGACUCAAACUUCUUCAGCUGGUAAUACAGGUGUCGUACACGAUAAACCGAUCACAGAUUUAGCAUUGAAAACUCCUAUUAGUUUUCUCCAAGAAAUCUGCUUUCGCAUCCAUGCAACUACAACCUACAGUCUAUGCCCAAGUGAAGCUCAAUGCACUUCAAGUGAACCGUCAUUUCUCUAUCGGGUUGUUGUUGACGAUAUGAUUGCAUUUGGCAAAGGCUCAAGUAAAAAACGGGCCAAACACAAAGCUGCUUGGUGUAUGAUUGAACAAUGCUAUGUGAAAUUAAAAACCAUAGCCGAUCCACUAGUUAAAACGAUCGAACAGUAUUUUUUAUUGAAACCAUUGCAAACUAGUAAUACAAAUGAUGAUCCAACGACCAAUGGUGAAAAGUGCAAUCCGAUUGGUAAAUUACAAGAGUUAACACAAAAGAAUUGGAUUCGACCACCCGAGUAUGAGUUUUCUGAUCAGGAAAAUGCGUCGACAACUACUUCAAAAAUGUAUUCAUGUCGGGCUAAAGUAGCAACUUAUACUGCCGAGGGCACUGGUCUAUCGAAAAAGAUAGCUAAACGACAAGCGGCAACAAAUUUACUGAGUAUACUAGAGAAUCUUGACGCUGAAGAAAAGAAAGCUUUGCUAAACCGCGCCGAAGGACAGAAUGAUUCUGAAUAUACACAAUCGCAUUCAAAAUUCCGACGAUCACGUCGUAAAAUCAAUGAUUCGAGUUUACUUGAUACAAGUGGGGUACGUGGCACUGGUUCAGCACGAUCAAAUCGUUUGUAUGAUAAGAGUUCAUUUCAAUUAUGGAAAAAUAGCGAUCUUCCUCAAAUAAAAAAGCUUCUCGCUGAUGAAUAUGUUCAAGAUUUAUCUCAAUCUCAUGAUAUGUUUGAGUUACUCGCACAAGAACAAAAUUUUGCAUAUGAAUUUAUUCAAUUACCAACGAUGGAUGAAGGGUCAAUUCAAUUGUUACUUGAAGUUCGUCUCACUCCGGUUUCAGUUUUUCAUGGUUAUGGACAAACAAUUGAACAAGCUCGACAACAGUCAACCAACUUGGCAUUGAAAUACAUUCGGUGCCUCUCAAAACAACAACAACAACAGCAACAUUCAACCUCGACCAUUAUCACUACGCCUUUGAUGCCGUCAACUGCCUAA